GUGUUUAUUAUAAGCAUCUUCGUCUUCUUCCAGUCUAGAGACGAAGAGGCAGAUACCAUUCUAUUUCUCCGAGAUGAGCUUCCAUUUGCAAUUAGCAGCACGCCCCUACACCCCCGCCGCCGCCGCGUCGGAGGCUUCUUCACUAACUUGGGGCUCUCACCACAGCGUUCCUAUCUGCGUCAAUUCAACAAAGUUGUGCUCCGCGGCUUCUAUUUCCUCCCCCUUGAAAUUCGCAUCGGUAGCUACGAAGUUGAGCCCCAAUUCUUCAUCCUCAUCCUUCCGAUGUUUUGCAGCUCUGAGUCCUGAAUUGAAGAGUACAUUGGAUAAAGUUGUUACAUCAGAAAAGGUUAUUCUGUUCAUGAAAGGAACAAAGGAUUUCCCCCAGUGUGGUUUUUCCCAUACAGUUGUGCAGAUUCUCAAGACAUUGAACGUUCCUUUCGAAACCAUUAACAUUCUUGAAAAUGAGAGUUUGCGUCAGGGAUUGAAGGAGUACUCUAGCUGGCCUACUUUCCCGCAGUUAUAUAUUGAUGGCGAGUUCUUUGGUGGUUGCGACAUUACUCUAGAGGCAUACAAGAGCGGGGAGUUGCAAGAAGUACUGGAGAAAGCAAUGUGUUCAUAAAAUUGGCAUCUGUAUCAAGCUAGUUGUCAACCUCAUUGAGUAACCAUUAUUAUAUGAUGUUGCUUAACAUUAAAUAAGUUUCAUAAUGUUUGGGUACAUCCUUUCAUUUCGUGUA